AUGGGCUGCUCGGGCGGCAAGGCGGUGGCGUCGCCGCCCAGCGCGCGGACGGGAGGUCAGAGCCCCAAGAGCCGGAGCUCGAGUUCCUCCACCAAGGACCCCUUCGACGCAGCCUUCAUCCUGGACGACACCCGGAGGAUUCAGAAUUUCUAUGCCGACGAAGAUGAUGGCGCAUGUGCCAUGGGGGAUAUGCGCAGGGUGCGCCACAAGAAGACCCAGGAGGUCCGUGCGCUGAAGACCCGGGCGAAGGUGCACGUGGAGAGCCCUGAGCUCAUCAAGCAGGAGAUCGAUAUUCGCAGGGAGCUCGACCACCCCAAUAUCGCGAAGCUUCACGAGACCUUCGAGGACCACAGGAACAUCUACUUGGUGACGGAGCUGUGCGAGGAAGGGGAGCUUUUCGACCGUGUCAUCGAGGCUGGCCGCAUCACAGAAAUGCAGGCGGCCGCGGUCAUGCAGCAGGUGCUCUCGGCCGCCCUCCACAUGCACGAGAGGCGGGUCUGCCACCGCAAUCUCACGAUCGACAGCUUCUUCUUCGCCAGCCCUGGGCCCAUCUCGACGAAGAAAAAACGGCAUAAACAUAAACUGUCGGAGAUACGCGCGGAUUUCCUGGAUCGGCGAAUGAACCCCCCUGGCGACGCCGCCCCUGGCGCGCUCUGCGCGCCAGGGAGGGGGUUCCAGCGCCGGUCCAAGAAAUCCGCACGGAGCUCCGCAAGUGUGUGUGAGUGUGUGUUUAUGCCGCUGUUUGCUCCUCUGCCAUCGAGAAAAGCGUGCUGA